GUUUACUUUCCAUUUAUUACCUUCUCUUAUUCCAUUCCCAUUCUCAUUCUCAUUCUCAUUCUCAUUCUCAUUCUCAUUCUCAUUCUCAUUCUCAUUCUCAUUCUCAUUCUCAUUCUCAUUCUCUCUUUCUCAUUCUCAUUCUCUCUUUCUCUUUCUCUUGUUUAAUUAUCUUUAUUACUUUGCCAUGAGCACUCCCGCCACUCAGACCCCUAUUAAAUCUCCAAAGUUGAGACGUAUCGCCUUACUAGGUUCACGAGCAGUUGGCAAAUCAUCCAUGACAAUCCAGUUCGUAGAGAACGUGUUUGUGGAUUCUUACUACCCUACAAUUGAAAAUACAUUCACCAAAACUAUUAGUCAUCAAGGUCAAGAAUAUACUGCAGAGAUUAUUGAUACUGCAGGACAGGAUGAGUUCUCUAUUUUCAAUGGCAAACACGCACUCGAUAUUCAUGGAUACAUUCUUGUGUACUCUGUCACGAACAAACUCAGUUUUGACAUGAUCAAGAUCAUUCGUGAUAAAAUUUUGAACUACACUGGUACUGAUUGGGUUCCCAUUGUCAUUGUUGGUAACAAGAGCGAUUUGCAUGGUCAACGACAGAUCUCGACCGAGGAAGGUGAAGAACUUGCUGCGCUCUGGAACUGUCAGUCUUGCGAGUCAUCAGCCAAACACAACGAAAAUAUUGGUCGAGUCUUUGAGCUCAUGAUUGGUGAAAUUGAAAAGUCGACCAAUGUACCUGAGGAACCUAAGAAAGAAUGUAUCAUCCUCUAAAGCAUCUUGAAUUUACAUGAUAAAGGCAAAC